CGUGGUGGCACAGCGCCCUCCUUCCCAAUGCUGCUCCCAGGGACUCACCUCUGCUUCUCUGCCAGGAGAUGGGCCACCUUCCUGUGGAUGAUUUUUCAGUCAGAUCCAGAUGGAAAAUUCUAGAAAAGAAAGAGGCUUUGUUUGGAUGUUUCAUUUUUUCUGCUCUCUCAGCAUCCUGGGUCCCUUCGGUGAGGUGAGCCCGUCUCCUGGCAGGAUUUUCUAUAGCUGAAAUGUGGCGAUUUUCCCUCCUUUUUGCCCCAGCUGCUCAGCCCUCAGCUUCCCAGGUGCCUCCAAGACUUUCCUGGACGGAGCCGGGGAACCAAGUAAGGCUGAGCGAUGUCCAGGGACCAAGGGGCAAGAGCCUGGAAGAAGGCUGGCCUUUGUCUAGGAGGGCAAUCGGACCAUCGCACACUCGGAGACUUCCAUGGUCUGCAGACGACGCACCUGGCAAGGCCCGAGGGAGAGGCACAAGUCUGCUGAGACCAGCCGUGGGUGAUCAUCCUUGGUCCUCCUGGCCACCCAGCGGAAGGCUUGGGCCAGAGCCCUAGGAGGGAGCCUCUGAGAGAAACAGAAACUAAGACGUACCUCACCCACCAAGGAGCGACCCAGUGGAGAUUUCCAGCUGCCAUCCUGGAGGUCCUCGCACCCAGUUCCCUUAACCCACCCCAGGAAGAGAUGCAGAAAGACACUUCGAUGCCACCCGCAUCUUCGGCCUCGGCCUCCAACACCGCCACGGGUGCAGGCCCGCAGGCCAGUGUGUCGGGAGUCCCCAGCAGGAGCGAGACUGGGCGCCUCGCCUGCCCCACUGCCUACAAGAAGCCCAGCAUAUCCAAGGUGAUCCUGGAGGUCAUGGCGGACAAGGGGACACGCAAUCGUGUGUCCCUGGCCACCCUGAAGAAGGCUCUCACCACCACAGGCUACAACAUGACCCGCAACAACUGGCGUUUCGAGAAAGUGCUCAAGGGGCUGGUGGACAAGGGCAUGCUCAGGCAGGUGGCCAGCAAGGGGACCUUGGACGCCUUCCGCAUGAGCAAGAAGCAAGCCUCCAAUUUCAAGUUUGAGACCAAGAGACAGGGGCAGCAGAAGCAGCGCCGACAGCUUGGGCAGCACCGGUCUAGACAGCAGCGGCCUGGGCAGCGCAGGUUUCUACUGAGCUCCAAACAGGGACACAAGCAGCUAAUCAAGGGAGCUCGCAGGGUGGCCAAGUGCCCCCGCAAUUAACGAGGCUGGCCCAGGAAGCAAGCAGAGGGGCCAGGCCCGCCAGAGGCUCAGAGCAUGGGAAUAAAAGGAGCCUUAUUUAACACCUGCCUCCUGGAAUCUUUGGGAUUCAAGCGAGUGGGAGG